AUGGCCCUUUCCGACGAUACUCCAUAUACCAGCGAGAGAUUCAUGGCUGAUGUCAAAGAGCUGGCUAUUGGGACACUUCAACAGCCGCAUAUUCGUGCUGUCACGCCUGAGCAGACCAAACAAGACGGUACAAUUGAGACAACUGAGGCUUUUACCCAGGCCGCUAGAGAGCUAGGACGUGGUGUCACCGUGUUUACCGGUAGCAAAGACUCAAAGGAAACGGACAGAAAAGACGAAUACCUGAGCAAAUUAGACCGUCCAGGUCCUAGUGGCAAAAUAAAGUUUCCUGUGAAGAUCGAACCGGAACUCUUCAAAUGCUACAGGAAAUCUGGGGAGGUGGGCAAGGACGAAAUCUACUUCACCUGGGGAUUUGGUGGUGACGGUGGAGAAGAGGUCGCCCAUCGAACGCCCGAAUUCGGGUCUGUUGUAUCGGGUACACAAAGACCCUUUCCCAAAACCACACCAGUCUUCCUGGGAUGGGUGGAGAAUGCUUGCGCUGGCCACAUUAUCUGCUGGGAGGCAGACCACAGCACCUCCGACUGGUACAACAAGCUAAUCAAGGUCAUGCGAGAGGUUGCCAAUCACAGCUCUUAUUUGUCCGUUAGUGUGGGUGACGCUAAUUGGGACUUCUUGAUCGGACUCAUUCCAGGCCCCAUUGGGGAAUUUGGCGAAAUCGGUUUUUGGCUGGAAAAUAUUGCGAAUCUUAUCGCCAACUUUCUGGAAAUCUUUCGCAAUAAAGACGAUAAGGUCAUGGAACAUAGCUAUGCCUAUGGUCGUGAUUAUUUGCUGGAGUAUAUGCCUGAUGUGCGUCAGAACAUCGACAAAUGGCGAAGUGGGGGUUUGAAAGCGAGACUUACGAACAAAAACUUCUAA